GCGAUCCACAAGCCCGGGUACUGCCGACCGACUCCGCUGGUGGUGUCGUGACUGCGUGCGCCAGAUGCCUUGCCACGCUUCUUCCUCAUCGUCGGCCGUCUCAGUCUCAGCUCAAUCUUCAGGCUUUCGCGUUCCAUCUCCUCCUCCUCCUCCUUCUUCUUCUUCUCCUUCUGCUGCAUCUUCCCCUUUAACGCCGUGCCGGUCUUGCUUUUCGCGCCGAUGCUAAAUGCCGCGCUUCUUCUUGAGCUUUGCUUUGCUUAGCCAACUGUGGUACCCAGAGAGUAAGAGUAAGAGAGAGAUAGAAAGAGAGAGAGAGAGAGAGAGAGAGAGUAUGAGAGGGAAAGAAGGAAGAGGGAAGGAAGAGGGAGGGAAGAGGGAAGGAAGAGGGAAGGAAGAGGGAGAUGACAGAGAGAUUGAGGGAGAGAGGGACUGUGUAUGUGUGUGUAUGUGUGUGAAUGUAUGUAUGUCGCCCAAAAAAACAGCCAGCAAUAUGGCCAGACCGACGCCGCGUCGCCAAGCCAGGCCUGGCCGGAGCCUAGGUGGGUGGUGGCAGGCCAUACGCACCACCACCGACGGUCAGCCCAGCCCAGCCCAGCCCACCAGCCAGCCAGCCAGCCAAGCCAUCGCCCAUUAAUGCUCGUGCUCGCUCAUGCCGUGCCGUGCCAUGCCAUGCCAAUGCCAAUGCCAAUGCCAUGCCAAUGCUCACUCUCAUCU